GCAGGCGCGUGCCACACUCACUGACUGUCAAAGGUGUGGACACGGCGGGAGCGCGAGUGGGAACACAGUAGCCUGCUUUUGGAAAAGAGGUGGAUGCGUCCUCAAAAAAUAUAACAGCCGGAGGGGUGAACACACCAGCCAGUCCGUUUUUACAAAAGCAACAUGUGCACCAACGUGGCACUGCCGUCACCCUUUGAAGUGCUUGAUAUAUAAAGUCGUGAAGGUCUCGCGCCUUUCACCGUCACCUCAGAGCUGAAGUGAAGCGCGAGCCGCGCAGGUACAGCAGCAGAGCCGGAAGAACUCGCGUGACUGGUCGCGUUAGCGCAUCCGAGCUAAAAGAAAUUAUGACGGACUUGAGGAAAAAUAAACUCUUCGUCCUGGUGGACUUGCUGUGUGUUGUUGUAGCUUCUCUGCCCUUUGUGAUAAUGAAUAUUACGUCCCAGCCAUACAAGCGAGGCAUCUACUGCCAGGACGAGAGCAUUAGUUACCCUGUAAAACAAGACACCAUCACCAACGUGACACUGGCUGUAGUCACCAUCACCUGCACUAUCAUCAUCAUAUCGUCAGGUGAAGCAUAUCUGGUGUACAGCAAAAAAAUUCACUCCAACUCCACUUUUAAUCAAUAUGUGUCAGCCAUAUAUAAGGUGCUGGGUGCCUUCCUGUUUGGGGGAGCUGUCAGCCAAUCACUGACAGACUUGGCCAAGUACACCAUUGGGCGACCACGCCCAUAUUUCUUAACCGUAUGUGCUCCCAGAGUCUGCAAAGGAUACGUGGCCUCGAUCAACUGCACUGGCAUCCCAAGUGCAGUAACUGAAGCCCGGUUGUCCUUCUAUUCUGGUCACUCCUCCUUCGGGAUGUACUGCAUGCUGUUUCUAGCGUUCUAUGUUCAGGCCAGAUUGAAUGCAAAAUGGGCUCGUCUCCUGAGGCCCACUAUCCAGUUUUUCCUGGUGGCCUUUGCUGUGUAUGUAGGUUACACUCGUGUGUCCGAUUAUAAACACCACUGGAGCGAUGUGCUGGUGGGGCUCCUCCAGGGGGCGCUCAUUGCAAUUCUCACUGUGCGAUACGUUUCAAAUUCCUUCAAGGUCCGUACUUUUCCUCAGUGCUCAAGUCCAGAGACAGCGGAAAAUGAGGAGCGGAAACCAAGCUUACAUUCAAAUGAGGCAGAGCAGAAUAACCAUAUAGGCUUUUCUGGAACUGUGUGAAAGAAAUGAGGCCGAACACUACAUCUCCCACAAACCACUGGACUGAUGGGAGGGGGCGGAGCGAAACUGCACAUGCUCACAAUGGUCCUCCUUGGAAAAAAGCUUUACGAUCUCUUUCUUUCCUUUGAAUGAGAGAGAACUUUUUAUACAUAUUUAAUCAAUUUAUUUUAAUUCAAAUGAUUUGCAGAGGAUGUUGAGGGGCCAGAUUUCUUUUUUAUAUAUAUAUAUUGAACCAGGUUUUAUAUAAAGUUAUGUACGGCAUGUAUAAUCUUAUUUGAAUUGUGAAUCUUAGUGUUGUGUAAAUAAUGGCUUGCUUUUCUCAUAUCAUUUGAAGAACCAAACUGAACUCAACAUUCUGUAGUUACAAAUUUCAGAAAUCACUUAAUGUUUCUGCAUUUCUAAUAUUAUGUGCCUAAGUAAUUAUAUCUGAACUGCAAAUAGUGAAUAAUCUUUUUUUUUUUGUUCCCGUAUGUUUAAAAUUUAAACGUGAGAUACCACUACAGCAUCUGCAAGCCUGCUAUGCUUCUUUGUAUUUCAAAUUAUUGCAUUUUAAAAAAGCUGGCUUUAUUGAACUUUUGAAUUGUUGUUUACAUUUGUCCUAAUUCCUAUUAAAUAUUUGUAAUAUUAA